CUUUAAAGGGAUUUUUAACCCCUUUAAAAUAUUUACUGUUCAUUUUAUAGGCUCAAUCUGUCUUUUAUACAUUAUGAAGUGGAAAUAAUUUCCUCAGGUGGAAUACUGUUUUUUUGAAGGACUUGACAAAUUUGCAAGGUCAAACAAAAAUGUUGUGUAUCUAAUGAAAACCAUUUAGGCUGCAAUCCUAUAAUACCUGGGGAUGCCAUUGAACUCAAUCAGACUUACUUCUGAAUAUACAUAAGGGAUGUGCAUUCUGCAAAUAUGAAGGAAUAUAUACUUCUGCUUCUUGUGGCUUUGGGUUCUGCUAAGCCUUUCCAAAAGCCUUCAUACUUCACCUUUAAGAACAUAAUGCUCAUGGAUAUGGAAGACCUGGAUGAUGAUGACGACGAUGAUGAUGACAAUGAUGAUAAGGAUGAGAAUUCCCUUUUUCCUACCAGAGCACCCUUAAUACCAUUUGACAUAUUUCCAGUAUGUCCCUUUGGAUGUCAGUGUUACUUAAGAGUUGUUCACUGUUCUGAUUUAGGCUUGACUUCCGUACCAAGGAAUAUUCCAUUAGAUACUCGUAUGAUAGAUCUUCAAAACAACAAAAUAAAAGAGAUCAAGGAAAAUGAUUUUAAAGGACUCUCAUCACUAUACGCCCUUGCCUUGAACAACAACAAAAUAACAAAGAUCCAUCCCAAAGCUUUUCAGUCAACAAAGAAGCUGCGGCGCCUCUACUUGUCCCAUAAUCAUUUAACUCAGAUCCCAGAAAAUCUGCCAAGAAGUUUAGCUGAGAUAAGAAUUCAUGACAAUAAAGUUAAAAAGAUUCAUAAAGACAUAUUUAAGGGAAUGAAAUCUUUACAUGUUUUAGAGAUGAGUGCAAAUCCUCUUGAUAAUGACGGGAUAGAACCUGGGGCUUUUGAAGGUGUGGCAGUCUAUCACAUAAGGAUUGCAGAAGCAAAAUUAACAUCUAUACCAAAAGGGUUGCCAUCUAGUCUACUGGAACUUCACCUAGAUGACAACAAAAUCUCUGCAAUUGAACUUGAAGAUUUCAUUCGAUAUAAAAAUCUUCAGAGGUUGGGUUUGGGAAACAACAGAAUCAAAGAUGUGGAAAAUGGAAGUCUUGCUAAUAUCCCAAAUGUUAGAGAAAUCCAUCUAGAAAAGAACAAACUGAAAAAAGUACCUUCUGGUCUUCCAAAUCUAAAAUACCUACAGGUUGUCUUCCUUCAUUCGAAUAGUAUUUCAAACGUGGGAGUGAAUGAUUUUUGUCCAACAGAAGGAAGGCUGAAGAAAACAUUAUAUAGUGGUAUAAGCUUAUUCAAGAAUCCUGUUAAAUACUGGGAUAUCCAACCAGCAACUUUUCGUUGUGUACUAAAUAGAAAUAGUGUGCAGAUUGCAAAUUACAAAAAAUAAAAUAGUACAGGCAAAGUAUCAUUGAAAUAGUAUUAUUAAAAUCAGCAUUGCAAUACUUGAAACUUCUGAAAUCUGUAAAUUACAUUGCCCAAUUUCUUUACAAAAUAAAGUUAUACAAGAUUUAAUAAAUUAGAAACAUAACAUCCCAUUAAAUUCCUUCAAUUUAUUUCUCUGUAUUUUCAAAUUGUGUAAUGUUGCCUUUUUUGUAAGAGAAAAUAAUGUUAUGUUUUAAAACAAUUUUCAGGGGAUUAAACUAAUUAGUUAUGUGCUGGAAAGAACUAUAUAAAUAUUUAUCAUAGCUCAAGAGAAAAAAUUUUGAGCAUUUAACAAAAGUAAACCUAACUGGCUAAAAAAAGUUCUAAAGGGUGCUUUAUUAUUAAUCUGAUAAUCUAAUUCAUUAUGAGACUAGAUCAUAAAAUUGAAAGACAAACUUAAUAUCAUGCCCUUUAGCAUCAAAGCCUUUAAUAUUUAUUCAUGUGGUGAAACUGUACACUACUUUUAUAUCAAAAAUAUAUGUAUGCUGAAUAUUAACCAUGUCAAAGUAUUUUUAAAAGAAAAAUGAAUAUAUUCUCUACAGAGAGCACAAAUAUACAACUUUGUUGUUCCUGUAUAGGUUAGUCCAAUUAGGAUAGAGUUUAAAGAUCUGAGAUCAGAAAAGUAUUAUAUUUUGUGGUAAAAUGAAAACUUUUAGGCAAUUAGGGAUCCUAAUCAUGUGCAGCAUUUCUUGCUCAUAAAGAUGAGAGAGAGAGAGUGGUCACUGCAUGCAUUACAGCCAAUGGGAGUCAUAGACUGUCAUAAGUAAAUCCAUUUAAAUUAAUUGAAAAUUUAGUUAAAAGAAUUUAAUUUACUUUCCCAUAAGCAGUUAGAGAGAUUCUGGCUAGCCUGCCUUUCACAUGUGUUCUCACUUGGUACAGACAAUAUACUUUCAUGGCUAAUUUAAGACCACUUUUCAGUGUGUUGUCUCUUAUUAUUAAUGCUGGAUCCAAAUCCUUGUAUAUUACUGCUUUAGUACUGUAACUCGGCUGAAUCCAACCUGCAUGUAUACAAACUAUUUUGUUAUGGUUGAUUAACUGAUGAUAGUACUGUAUAAAAAUAGCUAUCUACUUCUAUAUUUAAUGUAGAUGCAUUAUUCAUUUAAGUUAAGAGAACAGAAAAAACUUUCAGUUGUUUCAU